AUGGUCGAGGGAUCACAGUACAGGGGUAUCGACAAUAUUUUGGACACCCUUCAGAGGCGGCCAACGGCCAAAGAAUCAUGCGAAGAAAAGUUCAAAGAGUUAGCAAAGGCUGUUGGCGUUGACGUGUUGUGGUCUGGCAACCCGGAUCGCCAUGUGCGUGGACUGGUACAUAUUGUAAACUAUCUUAUGAACGUUCAGGACAUUCGGGAAGAUGCAGUGUCUCGAAUUUUGGCUUUUUUAGCAGUUGUGGCCAACAUGGAGGAGCUCAUGGUGGAAGAAUGUCAGCCCAUCUUCGACAAGCUCGUCAACAAGGUUUUACCAUUUUGUGAAGACUACAAUGCAGUGCGGCGACUUCGGGCAUCUUCACUGAUUGUCCAGAUCAUCCGCAAACUUCGUCACGAAGAAUGGCUUUCAGAUGAGCAGUUUGAUACACUAGCACGCCUGGCUCCACUUUUAGCAAUUGAUAAAGUACCCUCUAUCCGUUGCGAAGGAAUUCGUUUGCUGGCUAAACUUCAAAAUCCGCGUGAUCUGGCAUGUCCCUAUAUGAAUAAAAUUAUCUUUCACAUGGCUAAGGAUCCCAAACCGGAAGUACGCCGAACGUGCGUUGAAGUGAUUGCGUUGUGCACUCGUUCACUGGCGAAAAUUCAACUUCGUUCUAUGGACGUGUCUACUUCCGUUCGUAAACAGGUCUAUCAGGUAUAUGCAAAACGCAUCAAAGUGCGUGUUCUACAACUAAUGGACCGAACGCACAUUCUUAGCCGAGGCUUCGCCGACAGAAGUCAGGCAGUUGUGCAAGUAGUAAGCGAUGAGCUGCUCCCCACAUGGCUUGCGCAAUGUGGAGAUUCUCUUCUUACUUUAUUGGAAAACCUCGAUCCUUAUCAUAAGCCCGAAACAACAAUGCGCGUUAUAGAUGUUCUUCUAGAGCGCGCCUAUCGGCAAGAAAAACUGGAAGAGCUGGUCAAUAGUUUCGUCGCCACGCAUGUCUCUACUACAGUGAACGUGAACUCAUCAGGUGUUGUACUUCCGGCUACGCCGGGUGGACCAUCUACGGCAAGCGAAGGUGUCGUCACCCGUGAGCAGAAAUCUGCAGUCAACCAAUACUCGCCGCGCUCAGAUCCGAUUGGCGUAUUAACCGCGACAGCGCUUAUGCUCUGGCGUGGAUUGUGUAUGUUCCUCAACAAGCAUUCGGACGACGGUCUCUGCCAUGCUCUGCUAUUCAAAGUGAUGCCAGAGACAGGCCGUUUAGCAGACCUCAUGGUUCGCACUGUUGGGCGUGCUGAAGGCAUGUCUGGAGGAUUAGACGCCCUUGAAGUCGUCAACCAUCGGCUCGUAUGCACUCAACUUAUUUUAUUGUUAGGCCAUGCCGACUUUUCUGACUUCGCAGGUAAAAGUCGCCUUAAUGAAGCGAUUAAAACUUUUCUUGCUCAACCAAAUAUGGAGCACUUCUUCGAGCCGCUCGUAAGUUUGCUUUGUACACUUCACGGUGACCUACCAGAUGAAGUAAUUCCGGAGGUGGUCGACGUGAUUUCCGAAAUUGAGAGUCCACUGAUGAACUCUGAGGACCGCCAGGAGUUGCUCAGCAGAUCCAUCUGCGGGGAAGAUGGUGGGGCUGCUAAAGGAGCCGAACAAAACGAAGAACAGAUGGAGGAUGAUGCUGAAACUAGCAACAAGGACGGUAAUAAGGGUCCCACAAAAUCGCGUUGGGCGGAGGAGCCCCUUGCUAUCGUGCAGGCGCGCGUCCAAGCGACUCUACUCAGGGAAAAAGUUGAUACGUUAGCGUCGCAGCAAAAAUUCCUCGAGGCUCAAACGGCGAAAGAAGAAUUGGCGAAUGUGCAGGUAGUAAUCGAUAAUUACGAGGAAGAACAACGCAGAGCUGAAGCCAUGUUCCUUUCGAACGAAGAUGAUUUUGAGAAUUCGUUCGAGCAAGGGCCAAAUGCUAAACACGAUGAGGACCAUUUCAAAGAAAUGGAGCUAGACCCCGCAUCGGUUCGACGUUGUUUAGCAAUUAUGGCGUUAGCUUUACGUAAGACAACGCCGAAGCGACUUGAUAUUAUACUUGAGAACUUUAUUGAACAACGUGCGCUUAAGGCAAUUUGUAUGCCUGUCUGCCGAACUCGUGCAGAGGCUGUACGCUGCCUAGUUUACGGGUGUAUCUUGAACAAACAAUUUGCUCGUGCGAAGAUGUUCAUUCUCACUCACAUUGCUAAAAGUGAUACCGUAGAAAUUCGGGCAAUUGCACUACGGGGUAUCUUUGACCUGUUGCUUCGCUAUGGUAUUAAAACAUUUUCCACGCUCGAUGAAGAUCCUUCGAUGCUAUCCAUGUCAAGGUUAGAUUUGUCCCUUGAAGCUUCGCAUACUACAAAGGCAGGAGUCGAAUUCGAUGACAGCGUUAGCAAAAACAAUGACCAACAAGAGAUGCAGAAGAUUGUGCUUUUUCUCGCCGAUUUUCUCAAAACGCGUCAGGACGCUCUGCUGGAGGUCGUCAUCGAGGGUCUAUGCAAGUUGAUAUUUGUUGGCCAUCUGGUUUCGCCACGAAUUUUGGCUCAUCUGCUCUCGUUCUGGUUCAACUCGAACUAUUCGUCAAACGCCAAUAUUAUUCAUUCACUGUCGCUUUUCUUUGAAGCAUACUGCAAAAUGUCCAUAGAACGGAUGGACUGUGUCCGUCAGUCAUUUUUCCCGUGCCUUCGGCUGUUCUUCGAUGCAAACGAGACAUCAGCUCUGGCCACGGUUCCAGUGGAACGAGUCGUUGACACGAUCAUAUCGUUAUGCGACUCAAGAUGUCUGCCCGUGAGUCAGACGGGCGGAUUAGAACCAAAGACACUUACACCACAUGACCAACUCGCGGAGGAACUCUUAAACAAAAUGCUUCGAGAUCCAUAUUCAACUGAAGUGAAAUACUACUGCCGAGCGCUGUCGCGGCUUCGAGUCAGCUCGAACAUCGAUGCUCGUGCACUUCAUCGAUUGUCGAGAAAACUUCAGAAGAAGCUUGACUCCCUUCAGAUGAAACGGCAGGUGAGUAAGUUCGACGAGUCGCUCCGCCCAUACCUCACUGAAGAGCUGCCGACUGCAGUUUCGAAUGUAAACCAGACAGUUAACGCAGACGCAGCCAGUACCGCCUCUGACGAUGCCAGCAGUGAACCGGGUACGGCAGGAACUGGUACUGACGCCGAACGCGUUAGCGUCAGAACCUCAGCUGGAGUCCGAAGCAGCCAGGAUUUUGUUGCCGCUAUCGAGAGCUGCAGCAGUAACAGUGAUGAAGAUGAAGUGGCACCACCUGCCCACGAUGUUGCAUUGCGCAAGCGACUUGAAAGAAGUUCAACCCAGAGAGAUAACGUCUUUUCUGAUUCAGAUUAA